AAAAAACGGAAAAGCUUUUCACAACGGCACGGUGGGUCACGUGACAUCUGCUGCUGCUAGUCUGAGCGAAGCCUGAUAGCAGAUUUUUUUCUAUUUUGUACAUACAUUGUUUUGUAUAUACUGUAUGUGAUGACUUCUUUGGUCAGCAAUCAAACCCGGGGGACUCGGGACAGAACGCUGCCCACCAACACACAAACCACACAGCCGCAGAAACACAUACAGGCAACAGCAGAACAGAUCCGUUUGGCCCAGAUGAUCUAUGACAAAAAUGAUCCCUUCUUUGAAGACAAAGUCAAACAGCUGAUUGAGGUCACUGGCAAGACUCAAGAUGAGUGUAUGGUUGCCCUUCAUGACUGCAACGAGGAUGUCAAUAGAGCCAUCAAUUUCCUGCUGGAGAGCACCUCUGACACUAACUCCUGGGAGACGGUCGGGAAGAAGCGUAGCCUUGGGAAAGAGGGAGCCACCCCCGAGGUGAAGGAGAGCCGCGAGAAGAAGGGAAGCGAGCGAGAGGCUAGUCGCGGACGUGGGGGUGCCAUCAGGAGGGGAGGCCGCGGGAUCAGCAGAGGACGCGAAGGUCGUGCUGAGGAGAAUGGAUUUGAAGUGGUGCCCGGAGAGAGGGGGGGAGAUCGUGGACGCAGAGGACGAGGCAGAGGGGCAGGCGUUCGCGGUCGAGGAAGAGCAGCUGCCGGCACCAGGUUCACCCAGGUUAUGGGCACCUUCAAUCCUGCCGAUUACACUGCCGGUCGCCACGAGAAUUGGGAAGGCGAUGGCAACGAAACUGCUGAGCAACCUGGUAAGGAAGCAACAUGGGGAGGCAACCCAGAAGACUGGACUACAGAAGACUGGAAUGAAGACUUAUCUGAAACCAAAGUAUUCACUUCCUCUUCCACCCCGGCAAACCACAAUGUGGACCUGACAGGCCUCCUGCCAAAGACGGGAGUGUCUUUGGAGUCGGACCUGGUCGAUGGACCUUCUGCAGAGGAUCUUGGCCAAAGCCUGGUUUUCACCAACUCCCACCAUAAUGGGCGCACAGCCACACACAGCUACGCCCACGCUGCCUCUGCCAGCACUACCUACGCGCACGCCGCACUGUCUUCAAUCCCAGGCCCUGGUUUUGGGUCCCUGAACACACCCAAGCCGGCACCAGUCUCAGACACCAUGACAGCAGAUCAGAUCAAUGGGCCUCGGCUCGGUCAAAGAGCGAGUCAGAUUCCGGCCACCCCUGCGACCAUCACAGCUAAUGUUUCCAAAGAUGCGCUGCCACCCGCGUCAUCGAGCCCUGCACCUGCCCCCUCGCCUUUGGUCGAAAUCAAACCUCAGAGAUUGGACAACGGACCCUUAAUAGGCCUGCACAUGGAGACGAAGCUUCAGCCAGAACCCUCUGCUGUGCUCAGCCAGCUAGCACACAGGCACCAACACUCUUCCAUCCUUCCCACCACCACAGAGACUCUGGUUCUGUCCCAGUCACAUGCCCCGCAAGUGCCCACACCACCAGGUCACGAGUCAUCACUUCUGCCUAUAAGAGAUGGAGCCUCUCCAGGAAUAAAGAUGCCUGGGGUGGACCCUCCUAUUACAGAACCACCUCCCAUGCGACAGCUCAAGACACAGAAGCGGAGAGUACCACCUCCCUCCAAGAUUCCCUCAUCGGCAGUGGAGAUGCCAGGCUCAUCGGACGUCUCAGGCUUUAAUGUUCAGUUCGGCGCGCUGGACUUUGGUUCCGAGGCAGGUGCCAUUGAUCUGGCCCAGAAGGACUCAACUCGGGAGCAAGCACCUUUGGCACCACCUCCAGCGGUGGCGGCGAUGGCUGUCCCCGCUGCUGCCAUGACCGCACAGCAGCCGCAGAGUUUAUUUUCCAAGCCUGCAACUGUGAGCAGCGAACACAUGAGCAACAUACCCAACCUCCCAGAUGCCAGCUUCCCCUCGCCGUCCUUGGGCUUACCCAGUGCCACACCCUCCGCCUCCAUGGGCCUCCCCGGUGCGGCUGGCCCACCAUCCUCCACGGCGCCGGCUCCUGGAAAACGUGUGGAGAGUGGGGGGCCCAGAUCCCUCCCUCACCACCUGGCUUUCUCUCAGAGCAAAGAGAGUGCACCAUCUGUUGCCGCCCCCCUCACGAAUGGUUACUGUGGCAUGAAGGCGCAAAGCACACAGGACGCUGCACCAUCACAGAGAACUGUGAAAACGGAGUCUCCGAUAAUGAGUGACAGCGGCGCUGCCCACCACACGCCUGCCCCUGUAGCCACCACUGCCCACUCAGCGCAGAUUCCUUCCCUCAACAGCCACGUGAGCAGUUCUCAUUCUUCUGGACUGACCUAUGCCACAAGCUCAUCUCUCCCAACAAGUAACGAGGAGAACGUUGGCGGCAAUCUCCACGCCUUCUCGGCUCCUUCCAGCCAGCCCCACAAUGCCACUUCCUCUGCCUCGCUGUCUGUCAGCACUUCAAGUGCCAUCAGCGCCCCGCACCCGGCCGGAGCACCGGGACUGACUCAGAACGGCACAAACGGUGCUCUUUCGGCUGCAAACAGUCGCACUGCGCCCCUACUCGCCACCACCGCUGGUAAAACUCCCCCCAACUUGGCCCAAGGAGUACCCCCUCUCCUGGCCAGCCAGUACAUCAUGGGCCCUGGUGGCUUGCUCCCUGCUUACCCGCAGAUCUAUGGUUAUGAGGACCUGCAGAUGCUGCAAUCUCGCCUUCCUUUUGACUACUAUGGUGUAGCAUUCCCUGGUUCUACGGCAACCAUGCCUGGAAGAGAUGGCCUGGCCAACAAUCCUUACUCAGGUGAGGCGACAAAGUUUGGCAGGAAUGACUCGUCGUCCCCGGCACCACCCACCAGCCUAUCCGCAGGGGGUGUGCAGUCACAGGCCCAGCAGGCGCCACAAGCCGGUACACAGGGGCAGGGUCAAGGCCAGAGCCAAGGCCAGCAGAACCAGAACCAGGCCUUCCUCAACCCCCCGCUACCACCUGGCUAUGGAUACGCUGGUCUGCCGUAUUAUCCAGGCAUGCCUGGCAUCCCCUCAGCCUUCCAGUACGGCCCCACCGUUUUUGUGCCUCCGACUUCAGCCAAACAGCCCACAAUAGGCCUGGCCAACCCUUCCAGUCAGUACCACCAACAGCAUCAGCCCACCUAUGGACAACAUGCAUAUGGCGCAGCCUUUGAUGACCUGUCUCAAGCCCACGCUGGGGAGUACAAUAAGGGAGGGUACGGAGGCUCUGCCCAAUCUCAAAUCGCCAAGUCGGCGGGCAGCGGCCCAGGGAAAGCACCUGGAAUGUCUGGAUCCGGCAGCAAUGGAGGAGUACCUGACAUCAGUGCGUCCAUUUACAGCAAAACGCAGUCGUUUGACAAGCAGGGCUUCCACACGGGGACGCCGCCGCCCUUCAGCCUUCCGUCGGCCCUUGGAGCGGGGCCCAUGAAUCCCGGGGGUGCGCCAGGCUACGCACCAGCUCCCUUCCUGCACAUUUUGCCCCCCCAUCAGCAGCCCCAUUCGCAGCUUUUACAUCACCACCUCACACAGGACACACAGGGUGGUCCGGGUCAGCGCAGUCAGUCAAACAGCAUGCAGCAGAAGAACCAAGGCAGCAAGUCCAGUUACGGCAGCUCUCCCUACUGGGGCAACUAAGGAUUGCUUCUAAAACCCCACACCUCCAUUGACCCCUACCCAUCCCUCCUGUGUACUAAAAGGAACAAAAAGGAAAGACACACAAGCAACCAUUCGUGCCCUGGCCUCGCCCCCCACCUCCACAAGUCCUCAUAAUGGUUCUCUUCCUCUCCCUGCCUCCAAAUUGGUUGCUCGUGUAAAAUAUUUAUGUAUUUAUAUAAAUAUAUAGAUAUAUAUAUAUAUAUAUAUAUACUGUAUAUGUAAUACUAGAACUUGAUAAAUGGGUUGCUGCAUAUUUUUGAAGGACUUUUUGGGUUAAGUUUUAACACUGCAAGAAGAGAACAAAGUUACAGGAAAAAGGAACAGAACGACAGCACUGAUUGAUACAUGAGGACUGUUCUGGUGGGGGUGAGGGGCUUCACCACAACUACUGUUUCGCUUUAUUUUCUUUUUUUUUUUUUAUAUAUAUAUAUAGACACAUUACACACACAACUCCCUGAAUCUUCAUUUUGUAACCUCCCCCUCUCGUGUCAAAGACGCAAAACACCCGCCCAAAUUUUAUAUUUUAAUUUAAUUUUAAUCCUCAUUGCCCUCCAAAUAAAGGUUCUGAGACAAAAGUUUAA